AAGACCGUCUCCUGGCCUAAACCUCUUGGGUGAACUGAUCCAACUGUGUCAAGAGCCUUUGCGAGCGACAUUCUCAAGCUCUUCUGAGGGCACUUGGACAGACAGAGACUGUGGGUGACCUGACUUUAUCAUGGAACCUGAGAACGCUGGUUCUGAGGACAAAGAGGUGUUAAGCUGGGAUAUUAAUGAUAUGAAACUGCCACAGAAUGUGAAAAAGACAGACUGGUUCCAGGAAUGGCCAGAUGCCUAUGAGAAGCACAUCUACAGCUCGGAGGACCGGAGCGCACAGCGGCACCUGAGCAGCUGGGCCAUGCGCAACACCAACAACCACAACUCCCGAAUCCUCAAGAAGUCCUGUCUGGGCGUGGUGGUGUGCGGCCGCGAUUGCUUGGCCCCUGAGGGACGCAAGGUCUACCUGAGGCCCGCCAUCUGCGACAAGGCCCGGCAGAAGCAGCAGAGGAAACGCUGUCCCAACUGUGAUGGCCCCUUGAAGCUCAUUCCCUGCCGUGGCCACGGGGGCUUUCCCGUCACUAACUUCUGGAGGCACGACGGCCGCUUCAUAUUCUUCCAGUCAAAGGGAGAACAUGACCAUCCAAAGCCAGAAACCAAACUGGAAGCCGAGGCAAGAAGAGCAGUGAAGAAAACACACUUGGCGGCUUCCUCCUCAAAGCUGAAGCAGGGCCCAGAAAUCAAGCCUCUUCCAGGUGAAACACCAAGUUGGGAAAGUUUAACUCGGUCUUUCCAGGAAGGCAUUCAAUUGCCUAGUAGUUACAGUGGACAUUUAAUAGGGAACACUCCCCAGCAGAAGGCACUGAAUGAUUGCUCAUCCUUCUCCGAGAGUUAUGGUUUGGGGGGCACCACCGACCCGGCAGACCCCACUCCUCCCCUGGGGGCCCCUCAGCUCUACGAGAAAUGCAGUUUGUCCGAAGGUCAGAUCUCCAGCAACCGAGACCUGCUUCAGCCUCCUGUCUCUGGGGUCUUUGGUUACAGUGAUCCGCAAACAUGGAAUGAUAACAUGGCUUUGGAGAGAAAUCCUCUGAAUGACAACAGCUGCCCCAAUUAUCCUUUUGCUCUGACCAGCUGGCCCUAUGACUUCUCCCCUCCCCAGAACGCUUCAGAACCCUUUCCCCAGCAGAUCCCAAUGGAACCACCAGCUGCCAAAGCAAGCUGUCCCCCAUUAUGGCCAAAUCAAGGGGGUGAUCUUUAUGAAGAGAAGAUGCCUGUGGAUUUUAACGGCUACUACCCUUCCACCACGUGCCGUUCACCUCAGGAAGAGCCCUUUCUCCUCACCUGUACCUCUCAGCCUCGUCACCAGUACUCUCUGCCUGGCAAGAGCAGCAAAUGGAAUUUGGAUGAAGAAAUGAGGUACCUGGGCUUGGAUCACUGCAACAAUGAAAUGCUUCUAAACCUCUGUUCUCUGAGAUGAUCUCAAAUGGAAUCCUUGUGCACUGCUGGAGGAAAUGUCAUUUGGUGCUGCCAUUAUGGAAAACAGUAUGGAGGCGCCUCAGUAAUUAACAGUAGAACUACCAUAUAAUCCAGCCUUUCCAUUUCGAGGUAUAUAUCCACAGGAAACGGGAGAUCACUAUCCUGAGGAAAUAGCUGUACCACCGUGUUCAUUGCAGCGUUAUUUACGGUAGCCAAGGCAUGGAAACAACC